AUGCCGCCAGGCCUUACGAAGAAAGAGGAAAAGAUCCUGCUCAAGAUCAAAAAACGUGCUCACCAUCUUGACAAGGGAUUCAGGCUGUGUGGGAUGCGCUUCGGUUGGACUUUCAUUAUUGGUCUAGUACCCUUUGCAGGUGACAUCGCGGAUGCGCUUCUCUCCCACAAUUUGAUCGUUAAGAAGGCGCAACAAAUUGACGAGUACGUUCUUGGCAUUGAUACCAGUAUUCCUGAGCAGCUGAUCCGUCAAAUGGUGAUGAACAAUACCAUGUCCGCGGCAAUGGGGUUCAUUCCGGUUGUCGGAGAUCUCGCCAGCGCCACCUUCAAGACUAACUCCCGCAAUGCCAAGCUUGUAGAAGAGUGUGCGUAUCUUUUGCUCACCACAGUUUUAAGGAAGCGCGGUGAGGCCCAUACGGCAGGGACAAUGGAUAUGCUGCAUCCUCUCAAGGGCCGCAUCCUGCCAUGA